UGAUGCAGCUGAGACGAACGCACACAAAGCGGUUUGAUAUCAAGCUUACUUGCACACUGUCUGACAAAAGUAUUCGGAGUUGUGGGCAUCCUACGGUCCGGCGAGCACAACAAGAGAUCAACCAUAAAACUACCGUGCAGUUAUUUAAAUCUGGAAAACAAUCUAGAUCUUUAUCACGGUAAAAAUGUUGUAGCCUAAAACUUUUAGUUCCCGAGCCGUCAACACAAUUCGGCCAACAGGAAGGCAUCCUUACAAGCCAAAAAAAGGGCAGGGUGCUGUCCUGUGGGAUGGAUGACAGCCAGCAGGACCAGUAUGAGGAGCGUCUGAAGGAAGUGUUUGAGAGUUUCGAUGGCAGCGGAGCAGGCUCCCUGUGCCCGGAGGAGCUGUCCGACCUGUGCCAAGCGCUCCACCUGGAGGAGGCCACCCCCGCGCUGCUCCACGUGCUGCUGCAGGGCCAGAAUGACCUCACAGGAAGGAUUGUUUUUAACCAGUUCAAGGAUGCACUGAUCCAGGUUCUGUCGUCCACUAUCGCAGCCCCUCCACCCAGUCAGGAACCCGGCACUACUCAUGAUUCCCCCGAGGUCCAUCCUAAGUUUGUGAGGGGCAGCAAACGCUAUGGCCGCCGUUCCACCCCGGAGUUCAUUGAGUCCGUGACCGAAUUCUCAGAGGUCGUCAGCGCUGAUGCCACAGAGGAGCAGGGAGCGGAGGAGAACGACGACACCGUCCCCAGGAAACGAGAGCGCUGGAACGCCAAUGAGUCGAAUGCAGAGGAAUAUGAAGCAGAAGGUCAGCUGCAGCUGUGGAACCCUGAUGAGCCAGGCACCCCCCGGGGCUCGGCAGCACCCCUGUCCCAGCGCCUGGAGGACAGGCUGAGGGAGGCCUGCCAGGGCCUGGCCCUACCCUGGGAUGCAGCCGCCAGCCUGCCUGAGCUGCUGGCGCUCUGCGAGCACCUGGGCCUGGAGGUGACUGAGGAUGUGGUCCAGAGUCUGACAGGAGAUGGAGUGAUGAGUGUCCAGGAGUUUGUGUCCAGGGUUGUGAAUUCCAGCAAACCCCCCACGCCGUCUGCCUCCACGCCUUACAGACAGCUGAAGAGACACCACUCCACUCAGCCGUUUGACGAGGCCGGACGAAGGAUGGCCGCACCCUCGGCCAUGAGCAGCACCAUCGGCACGCGGCUCUUCUCCACCCUGGACGACGGGACGGGCUACACGACCGUGGACAACGUCUUGGAUGCCUGGAUGGAAGAGGGCAUCGAGAACAGCCCUGAGAUCCUACAGGCCUUGGAUUUUGACCUGGAGGGAAAACUGAGCCUCCGUGAGCUUACUGUUGCACUAGAGAACGAACUCCUCAUCACCAAGAAUGGGAUUCACCAAGCGGCUCUCGCUAGCUUCAAAGCUGAAAUCAGGCAUCUUCUGGAACGCGUGGACCGUGAGCUCAGGGAGAAGGAGAAGAUCCGUUCUGACCUGGAGAAAGCAGAGAAGCUCAAAACCCAGCUGGCCACUGAGGUGGACGAGCAUCACUCUGCCAUCGAGCGCAUGAAUGACCUAAAUAUCAGGAAGCUGGAGCAGGACCACAGGGAGAGGCUGGCGGCGGUGCGGUCCGAGUUGCUCAGGGAGAUGGCUCAGGUGCAGCAGCAGGCGGGCCAGCAGCGCGAGGAGCUGGAGAUCCAGAUGGAGAAGAUCAGGGAGGACGAGACCUUCCUGAGGGACCACCUCUCCAUCACUGUCAAGGAGAACAGACGUCUUGAGAUGGAGCUACUGGACAACACUGAGAAACUGGUGGAGGCGGAAAACCAGGUCAGCAAACUUCAGAAGAACCUGGACAACAUUCUCAAGGAAAAGUUUGGAGACUUGGAUCCUGGCAGUGCAGAAUUCUUCCUGCAGGAGGAGCGACUCCGACAGUUACGCAGCGGUUAUGAGGAGCAGUGCAGGGAGCUACAAGAUCGCAUCGAUGAACUGCAGGCCCAACUCCAGGAGUUCCACAGCCUGGGCCGAGCCCCCCAGCUCUGCUCCAAGUCCUCCCUGCUGGACGAGUUGGAAAGCAAGAGCCCUGGCAUGGAGUCAGACCCAGGUAUUGGCUCGGAGGAGGGCCAGCCUUUCAACAUGAGUCUGGAGGCUGAGAUGAUGUUAGAGCAGCUAAAGGAGCAGCACCUUCAGGAAAUUGAAAAUCUACGCACUCAACUUGAAAGCAAGAUCAUUGAAUUUGAACAAAACGUGGAGGUGCAGAAGGCGGCCCACGAGGAACACAGAGAGGCCAUUUCUCUCCAGUACCAAGAGGAGAUCCAGGCCCUGAGGGAGGAGAUGUCCAGCAUCCAGAACCGAGCCCAGGAGCUCCAGAACCAGCUAGAGCAGGCAGAGCAGGAGCGGGCCAGCCUGGAGCUGAGGCAGGCUGGGGAGAGGGAGGAACUGGCCGACCAGCAGGAUGAGGAGGUCGGUACCCUCAGACAGGAGCUACUGCAGGCCCACACCCAUGUCGCAGACCUGGAGGACCAGCUGAAGGCCUUGGAGGACCAGCAUGCUGAGACGGAGCUGGGAAUGGAGGCGGAGAAGGAAGAGCUGAGGAGGCUUAAUGCGCUGGAGCUCCACAGGCUGGAAGAAGAGCAUGAGCAGCUGGUCGAGGCCAGGCUGGAGGAGGAGAGGAAGCAGAUGCAGGAGGAGAGAACCGAGGUCGAAAAGCAACUGUUAGAGGAGUGGAAACGGGAGAGCGAGGUUUUACGGCAGAGCCAUGAAGAAACCAUGAGGGCCAGAGUAGAGGAGCUGAGCGUUAUGUUCCAAGCAGAGCGCGAGGAGCUGGAGAUGAGCCUGACGGAGGAGUGGGAGAGGAAGAGAGCCCAGCUGGACGAGCAGAGUAACGAGUCCCUGCAGGCGGUGCUGGAGGAGGAGAUGCUGCGACUGGUCCGAGAACACGAGGAGCGGGAGAGCAGGCUCCGAGCGCAGUGGGACUCGGAGAGAGCCCAGCUUCGGGACGACCAGGAGGCGUCUCUCCUCGCCAGGCUGGCGGAAGAACGGGAGAAGCUCCAGCAGCAGCACGAGCAGAGGGAGGAGAAGCUGGUGGAGGAUUGGAAGAGGGAGAGGAUGCAGCUGGAGGGGGACUACGAGGGGAUGAUCCUGGAAAGGGUGAACGAGGAGAAGGAGAAACUCGAGGCGGAGAAGGAGGAGCUGGAGAAGCGGCUGGUGAGGCUGAUGGAGGAGGAGAAGACCCGCCUGGAAGAGAGCCAAAGGGAGGCUGUGCAGGAACUGUGCACCAGGCACAAGGACGAGAGGGAGCAGCUUAGCAGCCUACUGGACAAGCUCCGAGACGACAUCAGUGAAGAGAGGAGUGAGGCCAGCCGUCUGGCAGAGGAGAACCUUGUGCUCAGACACAAGAUUUCCGCAUUGAAGGAGGAGGACCUAAGGGAAAGCCAGGAAGAGAUGCUCUUGAAACUGGAGCACUUCAGGAAGGAAAAGACUGUAGCUCAGAAGUUGGCUGACAACUACAAGAGACAGAUCUCAGAACUGCGCCUCAGAAGCCAACAGCUGGAGGAUGAAAACGGUUUCCUGGCUCAGAAGAACACGGAGAACGCCCGAGGCGUGGAAGAGCUUGGCCAGCAGCUUGAAGCACUUCUCAGACAGAAGGAGAAGAAGGAGGCCGUCAAGGAGCAGCACAACUUGUCUACUGAGGAGAGGACCAAGAUGGCAGUUUGUGUGUCUGCCUUGGAGGUAGAGUUGACCAAGGCUCUGGAAGGUUCUGCUCUGCUGGAGGAGGGCAAGGCCCAGCUCUCCCAGCAACUUUCAUCCCUUAGAGAGAAGGUGGAGCCUUUGGAGAGUCAGCUGUCACAGCUGUUGCAAGAGCGCCAGUCAGCGGACAAGCAGACCCAAAGUCUGCGGUCUCAGCUGGCCAAGGCUCAAGAGCGGUUCCAGGCACUGGAUGAAACUCUCCAGGCUGUCAACCUCCAAAGUGCCCGCCUCAAGUCAGACCUCCGUGUCAGCCAGCAGGAGAAAGAUGCCCUCAAACAGGAAGUGAUUUCACUGCAUAAACAGCUGCAGAACGCCAACGACAAAAACCAGGUUCUGGAGAUUGUUCUGCACUCCAGUGGGUUCCAGAGCCAGCACAAGAAGCUGUACCGGGACGAGCUGGCACGGCUGGUGGAGCAGGAGCAGGAGUUGGUGAGGAAGGAGAACGACAGGCUUCAGAUGGAGGUCCACAACACCAAGGGGGAUCUCCUGCUCUCCAGGGAAAAGAUCCGCCAGCUGGAGGCCCAGGCUCUGUCCCUGAAGCAGCAGAAGCAGCAGGGCCAGUCCAGCCUGGCCCGGGCCCUGGAGCAGGACAAGGUGUCCCUGAGGCGGGAGCUGGAGAGCCUGCAGAAGGAGCUGGUGGCGGUGAGGAGCAGGAGCUGCGAGGAGGGUGCCGAGGUGCCCAGGGAGCUGGAGAUGCUUCGCCAGGAGAACGAGGGGCUGAAGACCCAGAUGUCCCGUCUACACUCCCAGCUCAUAGAGACACUGCAGGCCCAGCUUGGUGGACUGCUCCCGCCUUCCCCUCGCCGGUUGCCGGGGGAACGGAGAGGGCCUCAUCGUGGCGAGGAUCCUAACCACCCGGAGAACAUGCCGGAGGCCAUGCCAGAGCAGCGUUCCGCUCACGCUGACAGCUACAGGAGGAUCGGAGGAUUGUGACCCCCCGUUUCUCACCCCACAGUCCCCUCCUCUAACCCCGUCCCCCAUACAGCACGCGUCUCCACCGCCGAGUCGGCUCGGAGGGUCUCGGGAGUACGUCCUCCCUCUGUCAAACCUCACGGGAGCAGAAGGGACGUCUAUGUACGACGUGUCGAAUCUGCUCAGUGGAAUUGUAUCGUCCAACCACUAGGUGGCAGGAGAUGUGAACUUCUGUUAUCGUCAUCCCAAAGGGAUAUGAGUACCUUCAGGUCCACACUGUAUGAGGGAUUUGAGUGAAUUGUGAAAAAGUUACGAAUACUGAUUACAGGGAAUGUUUGUGAUAUAAUGCUUUGGACAACAAAAUGUAAUUUCUUAGCACUGAUCAUGCGUACCCUUGUACAUUGGUCCACAUGCUGAAGAGAGAAGGACGAUGAAAUGUAACAAGAUGGGACAAUACUGUUUUUACUCCUAUUUAUAACACUGGACCUGAAAUAUCCUCCGCUAGCGAGUUUUAGAAUGAUUGUUAAUGUUUUUGUCUGAAUUUCAAUGCUGUCCUGUCAUUGUUGGAUCAAAUGUAUUUGUUUCAUACCAGCAAUGUGGUUUGUUGUGUGGAAUCUGUCCAAUUUGCACUGUUGGCAUACAAUAGGAUGUGUGCCACUUUUGUUAUGUCAAUAUACCUCUUGAGGCCCUUAAGUCAACCAAAGUAUUUAUCUUGUUGGAGUCUUCCUGUGUAGACAGGGUAAUGUGUUAUGGAUGUGUGCAACACUUUGCUAUAAUGCAAUAGAUUUAGCUGCAUCAUGUGCUUUAGACCAUUUCAUUUUUAAUGAAGAUCUGUUAGGUUAAGAUGUAUUCAACAGUAUUUCCCACUAUCUUCUAUAUAGCUGUUGGUAAUUAUCUGAGCAGUUAGGACACCUACAACAAAUUCUUGGAAGUAGUGUCAGUUUACUUUGUUUUGUGUUAGUGAGGGUUAGAAAGGUUAGUGUGGGUUUACUGUAGAGCACUAAUAAUUAGCCAGCCAGCCUCAUAUCUUUAGAUGUGUUGCUUUAAAUUGCACGGUGUGCCGUUUGUUUGUUUUCAUUAUUUUGUUAGAACUGUCUGACGCCAAUUUAUUUAUACACUUAAAUUAUGAUUUAUGUAUGAUUUGUUUGUAGCCAUUUAUUUAAGUUUCUUAAUCAUUGACUAUUACAGUUUUAUACUAAAUUAUUUAUAUUUAUUUAUUAGCAGCAUUUGGAUGUCAUCUGUUUUGCUAGAAUAUAUUUUAAUGAAAACCCCAUAUCAAAUAAAGCAUCUUGUUAAACUUGA